AAAAACAAAAAAAGACAUGUUACUCUGCAGCACAUACCACCUGGAAUUAAAAUUAGAAGUCAAGGUAAAAGUUAAAAAUAUAUGUGUGUGUGUGUGUGUGUGUGUCCAGGAGAUAAUAUGACUGAUCUGCAAUUAUCAAAGUUCAACAAGAGGAGUAUCAACCAUGAUUAAAACAGUUUAAAAAAAUCAUGACUACAUUUUUAUAUAUAUAGUAAUAUAAUUGUUAAGUAGCCCUCAUCUGUCUGUUUUUGUGUCAUGUAAGGAGGAAUUGAAAUAUGGUUUCGAGAAAUGCUCUUCCCUUUUAAGAGAGCUUGCACACUUUAUUUUGAUCUUAACUGGUGCACAGCUGUGCUAUGAGGUGUGCAAGAGUGUAAAAAAGGAAGAGCUUAAAAGGAAGCUUGCAAAGAGAUCUGAAUUGAGAUUAAACAGACACAUUUAAAAAGAAACACAACAGAGAAGUUCUCCAAUGGACAGAAUUUACAAGGGUCUGAUAUAUACACACGCAAUGACAAAAAACAAAUCUCAAUUUUUCCCCACUGCAUCGCUGACCACCAUGUCGAAAAUUCCCCAGUCAAGCUGCCAAACGGACAACACCAGCUUGCAGGUCCCGCUGGCUUUUUUCUAUUCACUCUUCUUUCUGUUCGGGUUGUCUGGGAACCUGCUGGCUCUCUGGGUGUUUCUACGGGUACAUCCGAAGAAAAACUCAGUUCGCAUUUUCCUAAUUAACCUGGCCCUCGCCGACUUGCUCCUUGUGAUCUGCCUGCCUUUCCGAGUGGUGUACCAUUCCAACAAUGAUCGGUGGGUGCUGCCGCCAUUACUGUGCAAGAUGGUGGGCAUUAUCUUUUACAUAAACAUGUACAUUAGUAUAGUUUUACUGGGCUUCAUUAGUGUAGAUCGUUAUCUGAAAUUUCAAAGGUUGUCCUGUAGGAGGAUAUUCCUGGAUAGUCAAUGGAGCAUACUUCUCUGCAGUGUCAUCUGGGCUGUGGCGUUUGUUUGUGGCAUUUGCCUCAUCGUCCUGGAUACAGAGAAAGUUAAAACCGAACAGUGUUUCCAGUACAAAACACUGCACGAAUCCAAAUGGAAAGCCUAUUUCAACUUUGCCAUCGUUGGUUUGUUUUGGCUGGUCUACGGUGCAUUGCUAAUCUCCUACGGAAGGAUUGGAAUGAAUCUGCUAACAACCUCCAAAAACAAACCGGAUUUUCCAAAUGCUGCCAAGUACCACAAAACUGCAUGGAAGUCAUUCUUCGUGCUUUUUCUCUUCACUAUAUGUUUUGUGCCUUACCACUCUGUUAGGAUUUUCUAUAUCAUGUCACAGAUAGCAAUAGACACCACUUGCGAAUGGAUAAGUGUGUUGGAUAAAACCAAUGAAGUAGUCCUGCUACUGUCUGCCUUUAAUAGCUGUCUUGAUCCAGUCAUGUACUUUUUGUUCUGUAGUUCUAUUCGCAAAGUGAUGCUGAAGACCAUCUGUAACAGCUUUUGUCAGCAAAACGACAAAAGACUGAUAAGUUCUAUUGACACUCCACAGGAGCUGCCAAAUAUCAAUUCAGCUCUGCCUAUGAACACUCAGGACGUCAAACCAUCAAAAACAACAGAUAAAAUGGUGCUUUAAAUGUUUUAAAAAGAUACAAACUGUUUAAAUGUACAUACAGCAUUUUUUUUACUAUGCAAGAAUGGUUUUAUUUACAUGUGCACAGCAAAGUUAAAGAAAAUCUUACAUUGUGAAUCUAUUUUUUUGAUAUUCAUCAGAAACACUACCUUUUAAAGCGAUGUACAUUAUAUUUUACCAAAUGAUCACACAAAAAUAGUUAAUUAACAUAGUAAAGUUAAAAAUAGUUAGUUAACAUGCUUUUUAACAUUAUUUACUGCAUCAUGAACCAACAAAUAACAUUUUUAAAGCUUUUUUAUUAAUCAAGGUUAAUAAAAUAACUUAAAAACACAGAAAAAUUUGUCUAUAUGUAUAAUUGUUCAUUCUUAUUAUAUGUUCAUUACAUAUGAUCUCAUUUUAAUUUCUACAGUUUGAAUAGUUACAAAAUUCUGUAUUAAAAUUUGAAAAAAAAAAAAACCAUUAACCAAUUAUAAUGAAUGCAGUAAAAUAAUCGUUUACUGUUAGUUCAUGAAAUCUAAGGCAUUGACUAAUGUUAACAAACUAAACCUUAUUAUAAAGUGUUAGUUAACCAUACUCCAUUUAACUGUUGUAGCUGUGUUUUCAUUGCUUCCAUGCAUGCAUGCGUUUAUUAUCAGUAAGCUCUAAAAUGCUCACAUGAAUACAUGCUAGUUUCUUUUUGUCCUUUUUUCUGUAGACCAAACACAUUUUAUGUACUGCAGUUAUAUAUGGGAUCAUCUGUAAUAAAUAUAUAUACUGUGUAUAGUGUGUAAAAAAAAACCUAUUAAACUUAUACAAGAACUGUAACAGCAA